AUGGAGCUUGUAUCACGUAAUAACCCUUGCGGAUGGUCUCUUGUUACGCUUGUUUCAAGAGGCAGCUCUAUCAUUGCAGAAAUUCAACGCCUCAGUCAAUAUAUUCCUGAGGAUUUUACUUUCCCGAAAAAUCAACUUAAUCAUCCUUACGCAAAAAUCAUUUACGACUUUUCCUAUUUUGGACACGAAACAGAAAUAGAAAAUCUUAUCGAGAGUGAUCCAGAUCUUAAUGAAUUAAAUGAAGAAUGCAGAGAAACUCAUAUCGAAAUUGUUACACGCUUUUGCCGUCUUUUUGAGUCAAUUGUUCGUUACGCUCUUGACUUCCUCCAUUACCUCGAGCAGUUAAAUCAGCACGUCUUCCUUCAAAUCACUGUAGAAUCCUUGUUAAAUGAGACACAAGGCAAACAGCUUCUCGGCGAAGCCCUCUACUACUACGGUGUCAUGCUCCUUCAGAUGGACUAUUAUAUUCCAGGUUUAGUCCGCGAAAGGCUUCUCGUCACAUUUAACAGAUGGAGAGGCUCAUCCAUGCUUCUUAACUACUCCAAAGUCUGCGAGGUCUGCAGACAAAGCGGCUACGUUGUUGGCCAGCCAUAUCCAAUGGGUUAUCCCCUCGAAUUCGUCAAUAGACUUGAAAUCCCUGUUGACUUCGUCAAUGUAUUGAUUGGAAAAUACCGUAACGACGACUGCUACCUCAUGUUGCAGAACUACCCAGAAGCUGAGCACAGAUCCGUCGCAUUAGCUCAACAAGCUUCAAUGUUGUUCAUCUUCUUAUUCUUCUCUCCAAACACUCUCAACAACGAAAACUUCAUCAUGCGCGAAAUUGUCGAUAAAUUCUUCUUCGAUAACUGGAUUAUUCCUUACUUUAUGGGAGAUGUUGUCGAUCUUUCAGUUAUCUGGAAAGACUUCAAGGCCGCAAACAUCGCCAUCCAAAACACAAUGAAACAGAACAGCAUGAGAUACGCACAGCGCUACAUGGAAUUAUACGAACCAAUUCAUACGAAGAUCAAACAAGUUCUUUCGGAUGGCUUCACCAAGACAGAACAGCUACUCGACGGCAUCAACGAUUUCUUCAAACUCGAUAGAGAUGCCAACGUUUGCAUCAGAUUUUUGUUAUUACAUACACAGGAACCCGGCAAGAAGGUCCAAUUCCCAUUCAGCAGGGACAAACUCCUCGCGUUCCUCCUUGAUCUUGGUGAAUUCGAGUUCGAAUUGAAGAAUGCCAUCGAAACAGCCCUGAAUACUAAGCCAGAAAUCUGGACCGACACGAGGAACAACGCCGUCUCCAUCCUUAAGCAGCUUGCUUUGUCCUUCUCCGGUACAUUAUCCCUUGCUUCCCUCCAAAAGGACGAAAAGCUCCAGCAGUGGUUCGAAAACAUGGCCGGUGAAGUGAACAUUCUUGAAAUUGACAACAGCGUCGGCAACGUCCAGAAAAUUUACCAAUUGACAACCGCUUUGGAGUCAAUUCUUCCUUUCCACCAGAUCAGCUCCUCCAUCUUCAUCAAGGAGUCCGUUGCAAAGGUCAUUGAAGCCCUUAAGAUCCUUGCUCGUCUUCUCAACAUUGAUGAGAAAUUUGUUCCAUUAAUUGGCACAUUAUCUGACUUUUCAUACGGUUUCUCACUUGUCAGAUCCUUUAUUCCUCUCAUGCAGAAGCGUAUCAAGAAAGAUCCUUUCUCUGUUCUCAAACUACGUGCGACAUUCCUCAAAAUGACAUCAAUUCUCGAUCUACAGCUUGUCAGAAUCAUCCAAAGCGAGUCUAAAGAUGUCGAUUCAGUUUCAGAGCAUUACUCCAACAUCAUUGUCCAGUUUGUCCGCGAUGUUCUUGAAAUUGUCCCCAUUUCCAUUUUCGGAGUUCUCGACCAGAUCAUCCAACUCCGCACAAAUGUUCUCAAGGAGUUACCGAACAGAAUAGAGAGAGCACAGUUGAAGCAGUAUGCACAGCUCGAAGAGAGAUCAAAACUCGCCCAUCUGACAAAGGAAAUUUCCAUUUUGACAAGUGGUGUUUUAGCCAUGAAGACAACAUUGAUGGGUGUCAUCACUGUUGAUCCUAAACAGAUGCUUGAAGAAGGCAUCAGGAAACAACUCGUAAAGAAGAUCAUCAAAGUUCUUUACGAACAACUUGUCCAGCCAAAUACAAAGGAACAAAUCACUGCUGAAAGAUUCAACAAGAUCAUUGAUAGAGUUGGCAGAGCAAUCGAUGGCAUAAGACACUCAUUCGAGUACAUGGGUGAUUACGUUAAUAUCGAUGGUCUCAGAAUUUGGCAUCACGAAUACAGCAGAAUUAUGUGUUAUUUGGUCGAACAAGAAUCUAACAAAUUUGUCAAGAAGAAGAUCUUGGGCUGGCAAUCCGAGUACCAGUCAAAAGUUGCUCCAAUCAAGAUCCCCAAGAUGGAAGGAAAGUACGCAACAUGCAUCGGAUCAUUGGCUUUCUCUUUGAUCGAUUUGACCAGACAAACAAACUCUGUUUACUGCGGAAUCACCGGCGGAUGGUUGAAUCCACAAACAGGAGAAGAAGUCCUCGGAACAAAGACAAUCGAUAGACUAUGCAACGCUAUAGGUAUCGAAGGAACAUCAUCAAUAGAUUUGCUCCUUUCUUUCACUCUCGCAAGACAGUUGCGUCAGUUCUUUGAAAAAUUUGAGAAAGGACAUUUCGGAAAUUACACGAACUUGUUGAACAAAUUGCUCGAUAUGUGGCCAUCUCCUCCAGAAUCAAUGGAAGUCUACAAUGACUUGCUAACAAGGAUCAAACAGGAUUCUCAUGAUUGGACAAUCCUCAUCUGUUCAAUCGGCCAAUUACAGCUUCUCAAAAUGACGAUAGACGCCCAUAUGGAACUCAAAUGCAAGUUGGAAGCGGAAUCCCUCAAUUUCAUGCUUGAAAACACGAACACAACUGUUCUCCAGGCAAUCAAGCAGUUCUACAGAGACCCAACACAUAAUCCUUACCCAUCUUCAAACUUGAUCGCAGCAAUAUCAACUUAUUUGGAGAAUUGCGGAAUGUGUCGUCCUCUCGAGAAAAUUUACACAAUGUCAAAACCGCUGCCAGAAAUUUCUUUGGUUAUUUUCUCAUUGACAUUGCUUAACUUGAAUAACCAGAAGUUGCAGGAAUACGACAGACUCCACAUGCUCCACAGGCCAAACAUCUACGCACACUUCGAAUUCAUUGUCGGAAUCAUCACGAUUUUGAGACAAUUGAACGUAAACCACCAGUACGCGUAUUUGACAUUCAUCGGCCAGUACGCAAACAUUCUUUUGGCUUCGUUGCUCAACUCUGGAAGGAUGGAAUCAACUGGAGGAGUACAGAUUCCAAGGGCUCUCAAGCACUUGAUGAUUUUCGUCAAGGACUACGAGAACUUAACAAAUACUCCAAGAAGAAUGGUUGAUACUUUCAUCCCUCCAACUAUUUUUGACUACUUGUCAAUUUAA